AUGGAUGUUAUUGAUUUGAAACAAACAGAAAUUUUUUCAGUAGAACUGACAGAAUUACAUCAGUUAGUAUUAAAUGCAGCACAAAGAGGAGUUGCCAUUCAAAAUAAUCCAAAAGAGUCAGAUGUUUUUUCACUUCAUGAAGAUGAGAAUUAUGCAAGUGCAUUAAGACGUAUAAUUGUAUUUAUUCGAUCUAAGUCUGCAAAUAUGUUAGGAGAAGUAGUAAAAAUAACAUCAAGUAAUCAAGAAGAAUUAACAUAUGAAACAAUUGUAGCAAAUAUUUUCAUUGCAGAUGUGAUGAUAACAUUUUAUUUAUAUUGUGGAUGGAUGGAUCAAUUAACAGAGAAAUUAGCAGAUAAAAUGGUAGGAAGAUUAAAAAUUAUUGGAGAUAAUAUUAAAGCAAUAAAAAAUGAAACUGUAUUUGAUGUUGCAUAUAAAACAAUGAUUAAUCAAUGGAGUUCAUUAGUUAAACUUCUUUCAUUAGAAAAACAAUUUAGAAAUAUAUGGAGUUAUUUCUUUGGAUAUUGGAAAGAUCCAAAUACAGAAAAUUUUAGUACUCGAGUUCUUGAAGGAGUUCUUAAAACGAUUGCAGUUUCAAUAAAAUCAGCAAAAAAAAUAGAAUUAAAAGCAGAAAUAAUGGAAGUAUUAGAAAAUUUAAUGUUUUCAUUACCAGAAGGAUCAUUUGGAAAAGAAUUAAAUAUAGUUCAUGGAAUUAUAUCACCAUUUUUUAAUAAAUCAUUUGAAAUGGAAUGUCAUGGAUCAAAAAUAGAAGCAAUUAUUCAUAUGAAAACAAAUUUAACAGAAAUUCAAUCAGUAACAAAAUAUAUUAGUGGACUUAAUGAAAUUAAUGCAAAAACAGAACCAAUUUUAAAUUAUAUUGAAACAUUAUGUAAAGGAGUACAUGAAAAUACAGAAUUAUAUAUACCAGAUUCAUAUUAUAAUCUUCCAAAAGAAGCAAAAAAAAGAAUUUCACCAUUUAGAGUUUUACCAUUAAGAAAAGAAGCAGAAAAAUAUAUACAAGCAAUAAUGGGAGUUGUUGUAAAUUGUCCUGCUAAAGUAGAAAAAGAAGAAAUUGAAAGAAGAGCUAGAAAAGUAGUAUUUUGUGCAGCACAUAGUCUUCCAAUUACAUAUCGUAUUCUUGAUUCAUUUUUUGAAGAUAAAGAAGAUUAUUUAAGUCUUAGUGUUAUGUAUAAUGCAUUACAUUUAAUUGUUAAUGAUAAAUUUUUAUGGAUUAAUGUUGAAGAAGAAAAAGAAAUUCAUGCAAAGAAAAAAGUACUUACACUUGGUAAAAGAAAAUUUCUAGAACUUUAUCAAAAUGUUUAUGAUAAAGUAAAAGAAAAUGAUUCAUAUACAAAUAUUUCAAGAAUAUUAAAAAUUCCAAGUCAUAUUAAAGAAUUUAUGGCAUCUAAUUGUGCAAAUGAUACAUAUAUUAAAGCUAAAAUGUUUGAAGCAGUUAAAAGAUGGAGAGAAAUUCAAAAAGGAAAAAUGGCAGGAUUAGAUGUAAAAAAAAUAAGAGAUACAGAAUUAGAAGUAGUAAAAAUAUUAGAAAGAUGGGGAAAUGAAGUUAAAAUAGAAGGAAUUACAACAGGAAUUAGUACAGUUAAAAAAGAAUUUUUAUCAGAAAUUCCAGAAGAUUUAAAAAAUCCAAAAGAAAUAAUAAAUAAAGAAAAACAAAUAGAAAAAAGAAAAAAAAUUAUUAAAGAAGAAAAAAUAAAAGAAAAAAUAAGUGAUGAAAUGAUUCUUUUUGUACAAUUAAUUAGAUAUAUUUCAAAUCUUCCUAAAAUGUAUAUUAUUUAUACACAAAAACAAGGAGCAUUAACAUUUUUUUCAUUUUUAAUAAGUAAAAAUGAUUAUUUAGCAGAAGCUGUAAUGGAAGCUAUAUUUAUAAUGGUAUUUCAAGAAGCAACAUAUAGAACAUUAAUUGUAUGGGAUUUAAUGAAAGUAGUUAUUGAUAUUAUGGAAAAUGAUAUAGCAUAUCAAAAUAUGAUGGAAUUUGUUGAUGCAAUUAUGUGUUUAUGGACUGUUAAAAGAAUUAAUGAAGCAACAAAAAGAAUUGAAGAAAAAGAAAAUCAAAAAAAGAAAAAAAAAGGAAAAAAAGAAAAAGGAGAAAGUAUUGUUGUAUUUACUGAACAUUUAUCAGAAUAUAUUGAAGCAAUUAUUACUGUAUUAGAACAAAGAUUUAAUCAAACAAUUAGAAUAGAAACACCACAAUUAUUAACAUAUCUUUAUUUUACAUCAUUAAAAGAUUUUGAUAAUACAGUAUGGAAUAUAACAUAUAAAAAUAAAGAAUAUAUUGGACAAUAUUCUAGAUAUUUAUUUAUUUUAAUGUCUAGUAAAAUACCAGAUUCAUUAUUAAGUAUUAAUAAAAAUUUACCUUAUAUAGAACAAGAACAAUUACAAGUAACUAAUCAACAUUUACUUUCAAUGGAUUAUAUACAAACAUCAAUAAUAUUAAAAUUACUUGAAGAAAAUGAAGGAACACAUUCAAUUGUUCAAAGAAUUGCUAAAAUAGUUAAAAAAGAAUUAACAGGAAAAAAUUUAACAAAUGAAAUAAGAUAUAGAUUAUUAAAUAUUUAUUUAUCUACACUUUAUCUUAAAGGAACAAAUAAUAUAAAUAAUGAAAUAACAAGUGAAAUAUAUUCAUUAAAAAAUCCAGAAUUUAAUAAACUUGGAGAAGAAGUUACACCAAUUAUUAAAAGUAUUAUUAAAGAAUUAAUGGAAAAAACAGAAUAUCAAGAACCAAAUGAAAGUAAUUUAAUAUAUUUAUUAUCAUGUAUGCAUCCAGAUAUAUUUUAUUUCUUUGUAGAACAAAUUAAAUCAUAUGCAUUACCAUUAAUAAUAUCAGAAAAAGUUAAUAUUGAAAGAAGAAGACAAUUAAUGUUAACUACAAUGAUUAUUUUAAGUAAUUGUUUAAUGAAAGAUUGUAAAGCUAUUUUUUCAAGUGAAUUAGGAUAUAAAUUAAUAUUAAGUAUUCUUUCUAUUAUUAAUGAAGUAUUUCUUCAACUUAAAUUACUUUGGCCAUUAUUUAAUAUAACAAAUACAACAAAUGAUUUAUUUAAUUGUACAACAAAUUUCCCUGCAUAUUUUGCACAAAAUUUUGUAACAUUAUUAUAUUAUUUUUGUAAAAAUAUUAAAAAAGAACCAAUACUUCAUUUAGAAGAACCUACAAAUUCAGUACUUCCAAUUUCACUUCAACUUCAUUUUUUAGUAUGGCCAUUAGAACAAAGAACUGAUAUUUGUCAAUAUUUAAUUAAUACAUUUAUUAAUCCACAAAUGAAAAUGAAUCCAAUUACUGAUGUAUUAUGUUGUUCUGCAUUAGAAGCAGUUUGUAGUAUUUUUUCAUUAGCACCAUUAUCACUUGGAGAAAAAUUUUUUAUAAAACCAAAACGUAUUGUAGAAUUAGAAAAGAUGCAUUCAGGAAUUUUAAAAUGGAUUAUUAGAUUUCAUCCAGAUUUAGUAUUUUCAAGAAAAAAUCCAGAUAUUGAAAAUAUGACAGAAAGUAAAAUUAUUAUUAAAGCUAUUGCAAAAGUUUAUUCUAAAAUAUGUCAACCAGAAUUUUAUGAAAGUGGAGUUAAAGUAAUUGAUAAUAAACAUAUUGAAUUUUUAAAAAAAGUUAAUACAUAUAUUAAUAUUGAACCAGAACCAUUAUUUAUUAAUAAUUUAAAAAGAUAUGGAGCAUCAUUAUUACAUCAUUCAUUAAUUACAUUAAUGGCAGAUGAUGAAAAUAUAAGAGUUUAUGCAUUUAAUGUAAUUUGUUGGUUAUUACCAAUUAAAUUUGGACUUUCAGAUAUUUUUGAUCAAAAUUUAUAUGAAAAUGUAAUUAAAUAUAGAGUUGAUAUUUCAACUACUGUUGAACAAAAUAGAUUAAAAGCAGCUACUAAUAUUUGUGAAAUGUGUGUUAAAUAUUGUAAAGAACAUGCUAAAAUUGUAUUUUAUAAAGGUACACUUGCAGGAGGAGGAAAUAAAUUAUCUGAUCUUCAAAAAAAAUGGGUUGUAACAUAUAGUAUUUAUUGGUUACCAUAUGUUAAUUUAGCACAAGAUUAUACACGUAAAGAAUGUAAUAAAAUUUUAGAUAUUCUUGUAUAUGAUGUUACUUCAACAAUGACACAUAAUUCAGAUCAAGCAAUUAUUUUUUGGUCAAGAGUAUGUGAAAAAAGAAAUGAAAAAGAUGAUAUUCUUGGAGAUGAAAAUUCAAAUUAUAAUAUUAUUUUUAAUUUCUUAAAAAGUGAAUUACCUAAAGCAAAAAAUAGAGAUUCAUUUUUAAUUAUAUUUCAAGCAUUAAUGAAAAUUGAUCUUAAAACAACAUUUUUAAGAACAGCUCAAGCAUUAUCAUAUGAAUUUUCAAGAACAAUGAUGAUAUCAAGAGGAACAUAUAGUGAAAAAUAUAAAGGACAAUAUAUUGUUAUGAAUGUAUUAAAUGAUUUUAUUGGAGAUGGUAUUUUUGUUGAAGAUUCUGGUGUUCAUUAUAUGAUUGUAUUUUCUAUUCUUAUUUGUUAUGCAGUUCAAGAUAAAAAAGAAGUAGAAGUAUUUUAUAAUUUUAUUAAAAAAUUAUGUUAUAAUUUCUUUGAUUCAUAUUCAUCAGAUAAAAAUUUAGAAAUUGCUAAAUGUGGUACAAAAUUUUUUACAUUAAUUUCAGCAUUAGAAAUUGAUAAUAUAUUAAAUAGAGAAACAUUACUUGAAAUUAUGGAUAAUUUUUGUCAAUUAUCAUUACAUCUUAAUAAAAUUAAAUUACUUCAAUUAAUUAAAAAAGAAUUAUUUGAAUGGUCAUGUUCUGGAGAUCCAACAUCUAUGAAUGUUCAAGCAUCUGUAAAUGCAUGUAAAUUUUUUAAUAAAGUUUUUAAAAUUGGAGAUAAUGAUAUGCCAAUUGAUCAAUUUGUAUUUACAUUAUUAAAAUUAAAAAAUUCAUUAAUAAAUACAGAUGAAACACAACAAUUAAAUAUUGAUUAUAAAAAUAUUAUUUUUCAAUAUAUUAUUGAAAUUAUAAAUAUUUUAGAUAUGUUUUUACAUAAUAUUCCUGAUAUACAAUUAAUAUCUAAAAUUAUGUGGGUAGUUAGUUGUUUCCUUAUUUCAUAUGAAGUUCCAAUUAUUAUUUAUCGAAAAGCUAUUAAAAUGUUAAAAUAUGCAUUAAAUCCUGAAAUAUAUGAUAAAAUAAAACCAGAAAUAAUAUUAAAUACACUUAAAGAAAUUACAUUAAAUAAUCAAAAUAUGUUUAAAGGAAUAUUAAUUAUGGCAUUAAGAGGAUUAACUGAUAAUGAUUCAAAAGAUAUUUCUGCUGAAAUUUUUGCAAGACUUUUAUCUAAACCAGAACUUUUCUUUUUUGCUUUUCCAAAAAAACCAGAACUUGUAGUACCAAUUUGUAUUAUUGCAUUUACAUGUUGGUAUUGUGAUAGAACAACAAAUCUUAUAUUAAGAGUUGGAGAUGAUUGGGAAAUACUUGCAGAAAAAAGAAAUAUUUUAGUUCAAAAUGCAGAAAAAUUAAAAGAAAUUAAACUUAAAGAUUAUUUAAAUUAUUGUAAAGAAUUAGCAGAAAAAGAUGUUAAACAUAUUUCUAUAUCUGUUUUAAUGAGAAAUGUAUUAAAUUGUAUUACACCACUUGUUUCUGCUAAUUUUGUAACUAUUGUAGAACUUUUCUUUAAUGAAUGUAUUAUUCCAGAAACAUCAUCAGUAUUUAGAGAUAUUUUAAUGAGAUUUGUUGUAUAUUUCUCAACAAGAGCUGAAACAAAAAGUGAAUUUGUAAGAAUUAUUUCAAAUAAAAGAGAUCUUAUUAAAGAAAGUCCUUAUGUUUUUGAUUUACUUGAUGUUAUGGUAAAAUCUGCUGUAGAACAAGAACCAAUAACAGAAUAUAAUUUUAUAGAAACACCUGAAAUGUUAGAUUCAGUUGCAAUUAAAAUUUUUGGAAUAAAUAAAGAAAAUAUUACUGAUGGAAGUAUUAGUAUAAAAGAAUCUAUUACAAGUGAAACAUUUAAUUCUUCAAUUGAUAAAUCUAUUUCUUCUAAAUCAUCAGGUGGUCAAAGUUCAAAAAGAAGAGUAAAUAAAAUAUUAUCAAGAAGAUUUGAUGAUUAA